GCUAUAGAGCCAGAGUGGAGAAGAGGAGCACAAACUCAUUUCUCAUAUUCUGAUUCUGAGUAUGGAUCGCGCUCAGCUUCUGUUAGUGGGUUUGCCCAUCUUCCUCUUCUGUUCUGACCUCUUCUCCCUUUUCACUUCACCGCCACCGCCACCCCACCACCACCAUCACCCACCCCAUCACCACCAUCAUCCACCCCACCACCAUCACCCACCCCACCACCCACCUCACCACCCGGUAACAAUAGAGUUUCCCCCCGAGAAACCCUUACCCGCCAGUAAUGUUGCACCUGUGGGUCUAGGCAACACCGUCAACAUCAAUUUCUGCUCUGCUUGCUCUUACAGGGGAACAGCAGUGACAAUGAAGAACAUGUUGGAGAUUGCUUUUCCUGGAACUGAGGUUAUUCUUGCAAAUUAUCCCCCACCAAUUCCGAAACGUCUGCUAAGCAAAUUGGUUCCAGUUGUUCAGAUUGGUGUUAUAGGGGUGGUUGUUGCAGGGGAACAUAUUUUUCCAAUGUUGGGUUUUGUUGCACCUCCUCCCUGGUAUUACAACUUGCGUGCUAAUAGGUUUGGAACCAUCGCUAGUACUUGGCUUCUUGGAAAUGCCUUGCAGUCAUUCUUACAGAGCUCGGGGGCUUUCGAAGUUUACUUCAAUGGUGAACUGGUUUUCUCAAAACUGAAGGAAGGAAGGUUUCCCGGAGAGAUCGAGUUGAAGGAUCUAGUUAACAAAAAGCUGACGAAUUCUAUUCGUGUCAAUGGUGUACCAGAAUUGAUGUCUUAGUGCCUUUGGUGGAGACAUAUUUUGCACUAUCAUAAAUGAUGUUAACUGGACCUGUCAUUGCAUUGUUAAGUAAAGGUUGGUAUACAGAUAUCAUAGGAAUGUCAUGUUAUAAGGUUUCCAGAUGUUUAUACUGGAGCAUGAACGUUCCGUAUUAAAAGAACCAUAUAACUGGUGAAGGCAAACUCAGUCAAUAGAUUGGUAGAGUUUACGCUUUCCACUUUUUUAAUUA